AUGGCUGUUAAUUUACUAACAUCACGUCGAACAUUACCAGCUCCAAUGCUUGAUCGAUCAUCAUAUUCAAUAUUUUCUGUAAUUAAACAAGCUAUUGGAAAAGAUCUUACAAGAUUUUCUAUACCAGUUAUUUGGAAUGAACCUCUUAGUUUUCUUCAACGUUUAGCUGAAUGUUUAGAAUAUUCAUCUUUACUUGAUCAAGCUGCAUUAGCUAAUACAUCUAUUGAAAGAUUUCAUUUAUUAACGGCUUUUAUUGUUUCAACAUUAUCAACACAUCUUGAACGUAUGUCAAAACCAUUUAAUCCAUUAUUAGGUGAAACAUAUGAAUUAAAAAUGGAAGGCAAUGCACCAUUUCAUUAUAUUGCUGAACAAGUUAGUCAUCAUCCACCUAUAUCAGCUCUUCAUGUUCGUGGUCAAUAUUGGACUUUAUCAGCAAAUGUUGAACCAAAAGUUAAAUUUCAUGGAACAAAUGUUAUAGCUAUAUCAGAAGGUCGAUGGGUACUUCGUAUAAAAAAGAAAACUUCUUUAUCUCGAUCAUCAUCUCAAUCAAGUUUUCAAUCAUGUACUGAAGAAGAAGAACAUAAUAAUAAUGAUGAUAAUAUAGAAGAAGAAGAAGAAUAUACAUGGAAAUCACCAACUGUACUUGUUCAUAAUGUUUUAUUUGGUCGUCUUUGGUGUGAAUUUCAAGGACAAGUUGAUUUAAAACAUACACAAUCAAAUCGACGAUCAAUUAUUACUAUUAAAUCACAUUCAUGGUUUGCAUCACAAUCAACUAAAACAGCUGAAAUGUUUAAAUUUACAGGUUUUAUUUAUGAUGGUAAAAAUAAACUCGGUGCAUUUCAUGGUAAUUAUGGUCAUUGUUAUUAUGCUAUUGAUAAUAUGAAUGAUCUUCAAUUGAAACCAUCUACUAUUCGUUGUUCAGCUGGUGGACAUAAUUGUGUUCAUCUUAAUUCAAAUUCAUUAGUAUCAACAUCAUGUGAUCUUAUACUUCUACCAUCAUCACGUCUUAUUUGGUAUCGAGAUCUUUCAUUUAUGACUGAUAAUGAAUUAGCAUCAAGACAUCAAUAUUAUUUUUUUACUCCAUUUGCUAUUCGUCUUAAUGAACAAAUAGGUUCAUUAAUAUUACCACCAACAGAUUGUCGUUAUCGACAAGAUAUACAAUAUCUUGAAAAAGGUGAUAUAGAUGCAGCGUCAACUGAAAAACAUCGUCUUGAAGAACAACAACGAGCAGAUGCAAGAAAACGUGAUCAAGAUUUUGAAGCAUUAUGGUUUAUAAAAGAUGAUAAUGAUGAAUAUAUUUAUACACAUAAAUAUGAACAAAGAAUAUUUGAUCAUUGUCCAGAUCUUUUUUCUCAACCAUCGCAUAGAUGA